AUGAGUCGAGCAGUUCCAGAUGGCAAGGGAUACAUCGACCCUGAGCACCUCGAAAUUGUGCAAAAUGACGUCUCUCAAGGGCGUCAGACGUUCUACCGCCCGCAGAACGACGCUGAAAAGCGGCUUGACAAACGUGUCAAUCUCAAGCUGGAUCUAAUCGUCGUCGCUCUUUUGGCGGUUGAGUUUAUUUUCUGCGGCAUCGAUAAGACGAACGUUGGUUUCGUAGCAACCAGCUCGUUUGUCAAGGACGCCCGGUUAUCUCCCGAUGACAUCCCAAACUCUCUUUCACUCUUCUCUGCUACAUAUGUUCCCCUUCAACCAUUCAUGGUGAUUUUGGCUCGGCGUGUCGGCGUUAAAUACUUUUUGGCAUUUCAGCUCAUCACGUGGGGUGGCCUUUGUAUGUGCCAUGCCGCCAUAAGAGGUAGGGGAACUCUCAUCGCUUUGCGACUUCUCAUCGGCGCGGCUGAAGCCGGCUUCACCCAAAUCGGCAUGUAUUACAUGUCCACACUCUAUCCCAAGUACGAUGUCGGAUUCAGAGUCGGCAUGUUCACCGGAAUGUAUUCUGUUGCAGGGGCAUUCGCUGGAAUCCUCGCCUAUGGCCUUCUCAAAGUUAAUUCUCCCAGCAUCCAUGGCUGGCAAGUUGUGUUCCUCCUCGAGGGCGGCAUCACGGUUCUUUUGGGCUUUUUAACCUUGUUUGUCUUACCCAAAAGCAUUUCCAGUGCUUGGUUUUUGACCCCCGAGGAAAAGGCGCAUGCAAUUCGACGCAUGGAAAUAGAUUUAGCUGGAACACAAGAAGAAGGCGAGAUCAACAGCACCGCCGUCGUCAAGCGAGACUUUAUCGAUGUUGCCAAGGAUUGGAAAAAGCUUAUGGUUAUCGUCUGCAACAUCACCACAGUACUGCCGGUUACAGCCUUCACGACCUUUCUGCCGUUAAUCGUGCAAGGAAUGGGAUAUUCUGGCAUCAAGGCCACCCUCAUGAGCGUUCCGCCGUUUGUUGUUGGAACUGUCGGUCUACUCAUCAUUGUCUGGUCCAGCGACUACUUCAAGGAGCGGUCUCUACAUACUGUUGGCGGCAUGUGUCUUGGCAUCGCCGGGUGUAUUGUCAUGGCUACCUCAACCAACACACAGCUUCGCUACGGGUUUGCUCACGUGUGUAUGGCCGGUGUGUUUGUCGGCGGUCCUCUGCUUGCUGUAUGGCUGGCAGGCAACACCCCGUGGAAAGGAACCAGAAGCGUAGUGAUGGGUGUGAAUGGGUGGUCCAACAUUGCUGGAGUUAUUGCUGGUCAGAUUUUCAAGAGUAAAUAUGCCCCUCGAUACGAGAUCCCUCUGAUUGUUACCAUGAUCAUCAUGGCUUGCGGCAUCUGCGGUCUCUUAUUCCUCAAGUAUAUGUACAGGCUAGAGAAUCGAAAAAGAGCCAGGGAAGUUGCAACGUGGGACGAAACUCAGUUUUCCGAAGAGGCAGUCUCUGAGGAAAGGAGGGGUGACCAACGGCGUACCUUCGUUUAUGGCUCAUAA